AUAUUUUAAAGAGCACUUCUUGUUAUAAAAUCUUUGUGGAACAUAAAAUUGUUUUUUAAAAAACAAUUACCAAAAAAAAAAAAAAAAAACUGUUUAAGAAACAACUUCAAACAGUCCUUUCAGAACCCUUUUUUUAACGAAUCCAAACACGACUUUGGAUUUUCUUUCCUGCUCUCAUCCCUGAGCUUUGAGUUUUAGUCUGACCAGAUCGAAGCAGUCUCAACAAACAACCGACUCAAUGGAACCCUAAUCUGCUUGGGCUUUAAGAGGUUCUCUCUCUUCCUCUCUUAGAUAUAAAUAUAUGUAUGUGUGUGUAUAAAUAUUUCAAACUUGUAUUGCUUUGUUUAUGUGGAUCCUUUUAGAGCAAACUAAACCUCAAUUUUGAUACUUAGUAGGAAAGAACUGUGAUACAAAUCAUGAAUUCAAGCUCAAAGCUUCAAAAAAUUCGUUGUAAUAAAGAUAGGAUCAGUAACUUACCUGACCCAAUUCUCUGUCACAUCCUCUCAUUUCUUCCAACGAAAUUCGCGGUUGCAACCGCCAUUUUAUCAACAAGAUGGAAGUUCCUUUGGGCUUCAGUUCCCAUCUUAGACUUCAACGAUUCCAUCUCCUUAUAUUGGCCCGGAAUCAUGUUCAGAAAUCCCAGAGAGCGCCAUAGUUUCAUGAACUUCGUAGACAGAGUGUUGAUGCUUCGUGAUAAUGAGUUGAAUCUUGAUAAAUUCAACCUGGAUUGUUGUGGGAAUUGUGAUUCGACCCGUGUUAGCAAAUGGGUUUGUUUUGCUGCUCGACGAAAUGUUGGAGAAAUUAAACUCAGCCUCAAUUUGAGGCACCCAUUUCACUUGCCACCCAGUUUUUUUAUGUGCAAUACAGUGGUGGUUCUGCAACUGAAUUGGAAGAUUUUGGUUGAUGUUCCUGAAAAUGUUUCCUUUUCGAGUCUCAAGGUCCUUCAGCUCAAUGGUGUCGAGUUUUGGCGGUAUGAGUGUCUAGAGAAGAUUUUAUGUGGUUGUCCCGUGCUUGAAGAUUUGGUGAUUAGGAAUUGCAAAUGGGUUCGAGGCUGUUGUUUGAAUGUCUUUGGGUCGGCACUGAAGAACUUGACAUUACAUUCACAAGCAUACAGAAUUGUAGUUGAUGCCCCAGUUCUUGAGCACCUUGAUAUUAAAGAUUAUUCGUCAGAAAGUAUUUUGAUGAAGAACCUAUGCUCCCUAGUCAAAGCUAAUGUAGAUGUUGCAAGUAUAACAGUGGGUGGCAAUAAGUUUUCUGAUCUUCUCUGGGGGUUUUCUAACGUCAAGUUUCUGUCACUAUCUGGAGCAACUAUGGAGGCACUCAAUUUUGCCUAUGAUUAUACUCUACCUACAUUUCAUAAUUUGACGCGAUUGGAGCUUACUGUUGAUGGAUGGAAGGGUUGGAAUUUGCUGCCUAAAUUACUCGCAAGUUCACCUAUCCUUGAAGUUCUUGUCUUUGUGGAGGGGCUUAUUCACCUUUUUAAUUUCCAACUUGGAAUUUUUCGAUUCAAUUGGAGUCCGCCAGAGCAUGUGCCUAAUUGCUUGUUGUUACACCUUAAGGCAAUUGAAAUUAAGAACUUUGAAGGGGUAGCUGAUGAACUGAAUCUGGUCAAGUAUUUGUUGAAGAAUGCAAAAGUCUUGAAGAAAAUGUCUAUUAAUUGUACUUUCUCGACGGAAGAUGUAAACAUACAGAAGAAAUUAUUAAGGUUUCCAAGGGGCUCAACGAGUUGCCAGCUUGAUCUCAUAUUUUAGUUGUAUAAUAUACCUAUUGGAAACAGAACAAUCUCUGUAAAGGAAGGGGCAAAGCUUCUAUGACAGCUUCCCCCUCAUGUAGUCAUCCAGCAUAUGAAGCUCACAACCCAAACUAGUGGAAGUGUGUAACCCAAGGCUUGGUGGCAGUUCUGGGGCCAGUAUGUUGUGCUAAGUUGUGGAUUGCCAGUGUGAGAGCAGAUGACAUGGUCUUGAAAGGGGUACGAACCGCGAUCAAACAGGCCUUACAAGGUUUCUUUUGCUUGUUUCUGUUAUGUUAGUUCUCAAGUUUUUGCUGCAAUAUACCAAAACCAAUGGUUUAAAAGCUGGGGUGGACUUUUCAAUUGAACUGCCCAGCCAUGAACCGAGUGCCUCCGUGGUUGGUUGAACCCUAGAAAUCGUUAUUCGGAUGGAAACUGUUGAAAUUUGGUUGAUUUUGUCUAAAUCAUUGGAUAUUUAAGCCGGUAGCCCAUCCAGGUCAUCAUGGUUACAUGGAACUUCCUGAGUUUAAGCCACUUGGAGAAGCUGUCAUGAUAUGUGCUCUUGAAAUUUGACUUGUUGCUGCCGAUGCCAUAGCUCUAGUGCUGGAAAUCGUUUCUUGGGCAGUUGGGAGCACCUCGUUCUCGGCAUCAUCAGCGCACACCUUUUUCAAGGUUCUCUUUGCAUUCAAAUCAAAAACAAGAAUGGGGUAUGUAAGAACAAGCAAGUUCUCAUCUCUGCAAAUCGAGGAUGUUAAUGGCCCUAAUGGGCUUUGUGUUCUUUUUCAAGGUUUUCAAGGCUUUACUUGAAUUUGAUGUUUCAACAUCACUAAUCAAAGAGUCUUGAAAAUAAGGUAUCCAUUUCUCUUUAUGCUUUUUUUGUUUGGAUGUAAAAUAUUGUUUUAUUAUUUACGAAGCAAAAAAAUAUUUAAACCUAAUAAAAAUAACUUACCUAUCAAUUUUGACGA